UUCGCAUGUAAACUUUUCAUCAACACAGCGUUGUACACUAACAACAUAUUCGGAUGUCAUAGUUGGUAAACAAUUCGAACUGGGGAACACCGAAGUGAUAGUCAAAGUCACCAAAAAUUGGUGUCAUAAUCAACGACCUCGGAAAAGAAAUGAGUACUCAUCAGAAGAGGUAGUUUUUAUGAACAAAUGUUCAACUGUUUUCAUUACUUCAUUGUUAUUUCAACGUAUUCAACUGUUUCCCUGAUUCCUCUGUUACAGGUGCCCUGCAACGUCAGCCAACCUAGUCAGUCCCAGUCAAUCACGAUCCCCGAAAUAAUAUAUGAAAUCGAUAUUGUUGACUUUCUUUACCUGUAACUGUUUUGACGAGAGUAAUAUUCAAUUGUAUGAAAUGUAUUAUUGCCACACUGCACUAGCCUUGUUUUAUAUCAGUGGAAUACAGAGUUGUAAAGAUCUUAGAAUCUAAGAUGAGUAUUCAUUGCGCUCGUAAAUGUGG